UCCGCUCCCGCCUACAUGGAUUCUGCUUCAAAUCCGCCUACGCCUUCGAGCUCUGAUGCCUCCACCUUCGAACGAUGGCGGAGAAAGUUUUCAAUGAUAACUGGCGUCGGUGGGACAGCAGAAGAGCGAGAAGCUGACAUGGACGCGCGCCAUCAUACCAAGUGCGAGAAGUGGAAGAACGAGCUCAUGACAUACAGUCCGGCCGUGGUAUUCAUGAUGAAGCACCUCAAACUGAACGGCGCGGAUGUGUCCUCCGACGACCUCGUCUGCGCGCCGUGCGACACGAACCGCUCGGGCGGGUUCAGCCCAGAAGCGGGCGCGGUCGUGCUCUGCCAGGGCAAGCUCAUGGACAAGAGCCACAUGGAGGACACGAUCGUACACGAGCUCGUACACAUGUACGACCACGCCAAGUUCAAAGUCGACUGGAAUAACCUACGUCACCACGCGUGCAGCGAGAUCCGCGCGAACAGCCUAAGCGGGGACUGCAGGUGGAGCCGCGAGUUGCGGAGGGGGUUCGUCGCGUUCUCGAAGCAGCACCAGGAGUGCGUCCGACGCCGUGCUGUGAUUUCCGUCCGCAACAACCCCGCGUGCCCAGACGACGCCGCUGCGGAGCGCGCGGUCAACGAGGUCUGGGAGAGCUGUUUCAACGACACCAGGCCGUUCGACGAGAUAUACUAGAAGCGCGUGCACGAUUGCUUCAUUCCGCCCGGCAACUUGAGUGGCUCCUGAGGGCGAUACGACCAGUACUUGCGCGCAGUUGUGAUGUGCUGCGAAACAGGAGAGCGCAGGGUUAUUCUCAGCGGAGUCUCGUGAUGCGCGUUUCACGCGCGAAGUGCCGCUUGUGGCGGGAGAUGUCGUGCUGGCCGUAGCUUCGUGUGGGAGGCUGCCCGUCGCGCCGGUCGCCGUCCGAGGAGCGUGUGCCGGAUGCCAGCAGCGCGUUGCUGGCAGUGUAGACAGCCCGAGCAAAAUAGAAUAUUGGAC